AUGGGGCACCAGGCAUUGGGGUGGCAGCUGGAGCUUCACCCUUAUGAAUAUCAAUGCACUUUACUCCAUGGUUUUGUCUUGAAGGCUGGUGGAGUUGCUGGUGUCUGUGUUGACUUGAUCCUUUUUCCCCUGGAUACUGUAAAAACAAGACUGCAGAGCCCUCAAGGAUUUCGGAAGGCUGGUGGUUUUCAUGGCAUCUAUGCUGGUGUCCCUUCCACUGCUAUAGGAUCCUUUCCAAAUGCUGCUGCGUUUUUUAUCACCUAUGAGAAUGUGAAAUCCAUGCUGCACCAUGGCUCUACAUCUUACUUGACUCCAGCAACACACAUGGUGGCUGCCUGCCUUGGGGAAGUGGUUGCAUGCCUCAUACGGGUUCCAUCUGAGGUUGUCAAGCAAAGGGCCCAGGUUUCUCCUUCCUCGAGUACCCUCCGGAUUCUGUCCCACACCUUGUAUCAUGAGGGUAUUCAAGGACUUUAUCGGGGUUAUAAAAGCACAGUAUUAAGAGAGAUUCCUUUCUCUCUGGUACAAUUUCCCCUCUGGGAGUCCUUAAAGGUUCUCUGGUCGUGGAAGCAGGGUCACGUGGUGGAUUCUUGGCAGUCAGCAGUCUGUGGAGCUUUUGCAGGUGGAUUUGCAGCUGCAGUCACCACACCUCUCGAUGUAGCGAAGACGAGAAUUAUGUUGGCAAAGGCUGGAUCCAGCAAUGCUAGCGGGAACGUUCUGGCCGCCCUCGGUGGCAUCUGGAGGACACAAGGCCUGUCGGGCUUGUUCGCAGGUGUUGUCCCACGGAUGGCAGCCAUCAGCCUGGGAGGCUUCAUCUUCCUGGGGACAUACGAGAAGACUCGCCAGCUGCUGCUCUGACCCAGCCCGGCCGGUCCUGCCGGUGGCCGCCGAAGAGCUGGAGAAGCCGCUGAGCUGGAGGAGGAGUCCGCCUGCGAACGCAGCCUUCCUCCUGCCACCCCUUCGCCGUGCCACAGCAGCUGUUCAGCAGGCUGAGCGCCGCUUUCACUGUUAAAGAAAAGUAAAUCCUCCAAUAAUUCAAUUUCCCAAAGACGAAAUUUUCCUGCAUGGAAAGUGAGUGAGGUCAUUGUGAGAGUCGUGCCAAAAAAGUAAUAUUUGGGGGGUAAACAGCUAAUUACGGUGGCUGAGAAAGGCAUUAUUAGAACUCCUGCAGGGGAAAUGUUUCGCAAACCUCCAGAUCGUGGGCUGAGCAGGGAGGCUGAAAUAAAGUGAGUUUUCAU